GGCUCUUCAGCGCUGUCUUAGCGAUCUACCUCUAUUUAUUCAGAAAGCCUGGAGGCUUGUCAGAUUCGUCCUUAUCCAUUUUGAAGUUCUUUGUUGGGACUUCAGAGUUAUCUCCCACUUCACCUCAUGCACAACCAAGGGAGAGAACCCGGACUUGCUCCAUACCGUCCCGUUAUAUACAGAUGCCACAGUCAGCAGAGAGGGCGUGGUCCAGGCUGAGGGAAGGGCCUAAACACAGGCUGUGUAGACAUGAUCACAGCUGUGCUCAUUAUGUUAUCAAGGGCUUUCUAAAGACAUUUGGGUUAGGGUAUACGAUUCAGGGUGGGCUGAAGCUGCUGACCAGUCUGACGCGCGCCUUCAGACAGCCUGGCUUGUUAUGGCAGGCAGUCACGCAUAAAGACAACUUCAACCUGGCUGCUUUUCUAGGCUCAUUCUCAGCAAUAUUCAGGGCUGUGAGUUGCGUACUGCGCUGGGUGAGGGACAAAGAUGAGGAGCUCCACGGCCUGGUGGCUGGCUUCUUGGCCGGUGCCUCCAUGAUGUGGUAUAAGAGUGUCACCAUCACCCUCUAUAUGGCCACAAAACUAGCAGAGAUUUUAUAUUUCAAGGGUAUUCAGGCAAACAUCUUGCCGUACAUCAAGUGUGCUGAUGUCAUUAUUUAUUCCAUAUCUACUGCUUUCAUAUUCCAUGGUGCUGUAUUUGAACCUCACAAUCUACGACCAGCCUAUUGGAGGUUUUUAGUCACGCUCACUGAAACCAAAUUUGCUCAAAUGAACCGAGCCAUCUUAGAUGUGUAUGGAACAAACGCCUCCAAGCUCAUGCCGAACUUUUGGCCAGAUUUCGACAAAAGGUUUAGCUCUUUGGAGCCGCCUGUUAGACUGGUGACAUCCUGACCAAAUUGAUGUUUGACAAAUGUGGUGUAAACUUUACAGGAAAACCCACAGUUAAUAGUAGGCUAGAAAUGGAUACAUGUAUAUCCACUAUUAUGCUAUAAAAUAAAGAAGAAAUGAUAUGUUAUGACCAAAAUCAUUAUUUCAGUAAUCACUGUGGAACCAAAGAUUAUAAUCUUUAAAGUCACUGAGAGCAGUUUGAAACUAUUCUGAGAAAUGGUCUAACGACCAAGCUAGGCAUAGCCCAAUCUGGAUGUUGUCUGGGCGAAGAUAACUGUGUGAUGUAUCAAUGUAUUACAGAGUUAUCUCCUCUUAGACUACAUCCAGGCAUUUGCUGUUUUACUUGCACAGACACAACAUUGAAAACAUUACCUAAAUAUCAUAGGAGUUAAUACAGUUCUGCUUCACAGAGUGGUAACUACAUGUAGGUUUUUCAUGCAGUCUUUGCUGUUGCUUCAUGAGAGUGAUGUGCCAAGAUGUGAUCGGACUGAAGUUCUUACCUGGGUCCUUCUGAAACUCUACACUGUCUGUCAUAUUUCUUAGACUUGGCUGAUGCUUCAGGGAAUUGGACAUCGCAUAACUUACAAUCAGUAGACUCCAUGUGUUACAAUUUACUAUGGGAAGUCACACGUCCAAACAGGUAUAAUCAGAACACUCAGAAGCUGUACACAUGUAUCCACUCCGUAACAUCCUACCUGAAUA